AUGGCCAUUAAAUCAGAUAUGUCAAAAGCUUUUGAUAGGGUUGAGUGGAAAUAUCUUGAAUCUUUGUUGCUUGCUCUAGGGUUUAGUCCACUAUGGGUUUCUUGGAUAAUGAGAUGUGUUACCACUGUUUCAUAUACGGUCCUCAUUAACGAUCAACCUUUUGGUCUAAUCAUCCCCAAAAGAGGACUAAGACAGAGGGAUCCUUUAUCCUCUUUUCUUUUUGUCUUAUGCACAGAAGGGCUUACCCACUUAAUGAACAAAGCCGAAUCAAAUGGUCUCAUCAAUGGUAUUCAAUUCUCACCAGAAGGUCCAUCUGUUCAUCACCUUCUAUUCGCCGAUGAUAGUUUGUUUUUGUGUAAAGCUGAUUUGCCCCAAUGUGAAGCUCUAAAGAACAUUCUCAAUGCUUAUGGUAUUGCAACUGGUCAGUGCAUAAAUGUUAUCAAUUCAUCAAUUACAUUUGGCGAUAAGGUGGAGGAGGAAAAGAGGAAGGAUCUACAAGAGACCUUAGGUAUCUUUGUUGAGGGUGGGGCAGGCACAUACUUGGGUCUCCCAAAAUGUUUCAGUGGCUCAAAGAUCCUUCUGCUGGAUUACAUCAAAGAGCGUCUUAAAUCAAGAUUCUCAGGCUGGUUUGCUCGUUCAUUAUCACUUGGUGGUAAAGAGAUUCUUCUUAAGGCGGUGGCAAUGGCGACUCCAGUAUAUGCUAUGUCCUGUUUCAAGUUACCAAAAACUACUCUCUCCAAUCUCACCAGUGCUAUUCCACCAAAAAACUACUCUCUCCAAUCUCACCAGUGCUAUGUCAGAUUUUUGGUGGAAUGCAGUUGA